GAAGUGACGAAGGUCGAAAGUUAGGUUGGUUAAAACUUAAAAGCAACGUCUGAUACUUAUAAAGUCAAUUGGAACAAUUGGAUACUACGUGAACCUACCAAGUUUUCAUAUUUCAUGUUGAGUUACUAGGCAAAUCAACUUACCUCCCAAUUUAUGACGGCGCACGAAUACUGCCUUCAGUAAUGAACUACCCAUCUCCGCUGGUAUGAGCUUAUUCGCACUCACGUGCCGAGCUCCCCUGAGAUGUUCUCAGUUGGUCAGACUCACAUCGAUAUAUUCGAGGCAUUAUGAGAGAACACGGUUCAAUAUCAGGCAGUUCUCGAGCCAUACUGUCACUCACCAGGACACUGGAAUUCAAUAUGUCCGAAACAUAGGAAUCAUCGCCCAUGUCGAUGCAGGCAAAACCACCACUACAGAGCAAAUGCUCUAUAACUGCGGUGCUUUAAAUCGGCCAGGACACGUUGAUCAGGGAGAUACUGUGACCGAUUUCUUGCCUAUGGAAAGAGAGAGGGGAAUCACAAUUCAAUCCGCCGCAAUCACUUUCCACUGGCCACCCAAGGAACGUUUAGAACUGCACAGUCAGCCACAUGUUAUCAACCUGAUUGAUACUCCUGGACACGUGGAUUUUAGAUUCGAGGUUGAGCGUUGCAUGCCUAUCUUAGAUGGAGCCAUCUGCGUCAUUGAUGGCGUCGAGGGUGUUGAAGCACACACAGAGAGAGUCUGGGCUUCCGCGCAGGAGUUCAAAGUACCUCGUAUCAUUUACGUUAACAAGCUUGACCGCGACGGUGCCUCCUUUAAGAAAUCGGUUCAAGAUAUAGGAUUGAAACUCGGUGGAAUGCCAUUAGUUUGCCAAAUACCCUGGUGGGGAAAGGAUUCUGUAAAGGGUGUGGUGGAUGUCAUCUCUCGCUCUGUCGUCAGUUGGGGAGGAACCAAGGAUUCCCCCGAUGAACUCUCAAAGAUGGUACCGGAGGGCACCAUCAAAGAUGAAAUUGAGCGCGCGCGCGAGCGGCUCAUUGAGCAACUCUGUGAAGAGGAUGAUGAACUCCUAGAAAUGUUCACUGCUCAAGGAAAAGACAUAUCCGACGCGGCUAUUAAAAGAAGCAUUCGCCGUAUCAUCAACAAGGGCGACGGAUCUCUGAUACCUGUUUUCGCCGGAGCUAGCUUUAGAAAUAUUGGCGUUGCUGCUUUGCUUGACGCAGUGAAGGACUACCUACCUAGUCCAUCGGAUCGACCUGAGCUCGAGGUCCGGAUUGGACGAACAUAUCAACCUCUUGGUCAAGUUCUCGAAUCUCAGAAAUCCUCAAAGAAGCAUCAGCCGCACGUUGAAGCGCUAGCUUCAGUCUUCAAGGUGACACAUGAUCCCCGUCGAGGGAUGCUCACUUUUGUACGAGUCUACCACGGAGUGGUCAGAAAGAAUACUCAUAUGUGGAAUACUAAUCUCCAAGAAUUCGAACGGCCUCUGAAUAUGAUGCAGAUAUCUGCAGCACGAACCAUUGAGAUCCCCCACCUAUCUCCGGGGCAGAUUGGAGCAAUCACGGGUCUGAAGACUGCAAGAACGGGCGACACCUUAGUGGUGUUUGCUCCUAGUAAGGCACCGCAAUCAGAACUUGCGACAUUACAAGUUCGACCACCCGAGAUUCCACCUGCUGUAGCUUUUAUCGUUUUAGACGCGUAUAGUCCAACUGGCGCAAAGACUCUCGAAACUGCUCUAGAAAAUCUCUCAAGAGAAGAUCCAAGUUUGCGGUGGUCUCAAGAUGAAAAUACAGAGCAGUAUACGUUAUCCGGAAUGGGCACACUGCACUUAGAAGUUGCUCGUGACCGCCUUGAGAAUCAUUACAAGGCGGAAGCAGAGUGGGGCGCGAUCUCAGUUGACUACAAAGAAUGCUUGAUUGCGCCGACACCUGUUCAUCGGGCCGUCUUCGAUAAGGUGGUUGCGGGAAAACCUGGGAAGGCGGCCUGCUCGGUGGUUAUUGAGCCUCUCGGUGACCAUCAUCGUGAGACACUAUCAGGAUCAUACCUCGAACGAGAUGGCAAUAUCAUUAAGGUCAUAUGUAUAGGAGAGGGUCUAAUCCCUGACAUUGAGCAUACAAAACAACAGCUCACGAACGGGGUGUUAUCAGCACUCGCAAGGGGUCCUCGUCGCAGUUCCCCGAUGCAGCAGUGUCUUGUUACAGUCACAUACGAUACCUCAACGGAUUUUUUCCACGAGCCCCCUAGUUCACACUUAGUCGGCGCCGCGAACAAGGCGGUAAGAGAAGCCCUUAAAGAAGCCCACGAGCAGCAAAGCAUCGGCGUCCUCGAACCGGUCAUGAAGGUUACAAUUGUAUGUCCCGAAGUGUCGGCGGGUGCGGUUCAGCACGAUCUGCAUUCGGCUCGUGGAGGCCAUGUCCUCGAAGUUCAAGACGUCGGAGAGAUGCAGGUCCGAGAAGGUGCCAUCAUUGACGUGUCCGAUAUUUACGCUCCGCCGGAUCCGUAUGAGUUCCGAACAACUCUUCGGGAGACCCGAACAGGUCGUCUGCGGAUGUUGGAAAUUACGGCUCGUGUGCCGUUCGUGGAAAUGCUCGACUAUGAUACCCUUCUCCGCGGAAAGACUCAAGGCAGACAUACUCUGACUAUGGCCUUAGAUACUUUUGAGAGGGUCACUGGUCCGAGGGAGAAGGCUCUGUGAGUUGUUAGACGUUAACAAACGUGUGGUUCUUUGGUUAAGGGCCUGUCAAAGACGAUCGCUCCCAAGAUUACCUAGUAAGGAUAGGUACCAGAUAGGAAACCUCCAAACGCAAUCUCACCUGCAUCUUAGGACCAGGCGUACUGACAUACUUGCUUGAGAUAUUGGGGCAUUCCAUGGUAGCGGCCCAGAACUAGUAUUUG